CUCUGAGGGGCUUCGAGCCAUUCUCCAAACAGCGCCCACCGCUAGCGACCAGCGUCUACACGGACCGGCAUUUUGCACUUGAGGGACAGGAACUUUCGAGUCAACGCGCUCUCUCUCUCCGACCCCACCCGCGCGAGGUUCUCCCUUGCUCCUCCCACACCCUACACCAAGCCAGUAGCAAGCCACAGCUAUGGCGGAAAACGAGGUAGAUCUCGACUCCAUCAUAGACCGUCUCCUCGAGGUCAGGGGCAGCAGACCCGGCAAGCAGGUACAGCUGCUUGAGACUGAGAUCCGCUAUCUGUGCACCAAGGCGCGAGAGAUCUUUAUCUCGCAGCCCAUCCUCCUCGAGCUCGAGGCACCGAUCAAGAUCUGCGGAGAUAUUCACGGCCAGUACUAUGAUUUGCUUCGGCUUUUCGAAUACGGUGGUUUCCCUCCCGAGGCAAACUAUCUCUUCCUCGGCGAUUACGUCGACCGCGGCAAGCAGUCGCUAGAGACCAUCUGCCUGCUUCUCGCAUACAAGAUCAAGUACCCAGAAAACUUCUUCAUUCUCCGUGGUAACCACGAAUGCGCCUCGAUCAAUCGCAUCUAUGGCUUCUACGACGAGUGCAAGCGAAGAUACAAUAUCAAGCUGUGGAAGACAUUCACAGACUGCUUCAACUGCUUGCCCAUUGCAGCUAUCAUCGACGAGAAGAUCUUCACCAUGCACGGCGGUUUGAGCCCUGACUUGAACUCCAUGGAGCAGAUCAGGCGGGUCAUGCGACCUACCGAUAUUCCCGACUGCGGUCUUCUCUGCGAUCUUUUGUGGUCUGACCCUGACAAGGAUAUCACCGGCUGGAGCGAAAACGACAGAGGUGUCAGUUUCACAUUCGGUCCCGACGUUGUGUCACGAUUCCUGCAAAAACACGACAUGGACCUGAUCUGUCGUGCUCAUCAGGUCGUAGAAGACGGCUACGAGUUCUUCUCCAAGCGUCAACUCGUCACAUUGUUCAGUGCGCCAAACUACUGUGGUGAAUUUGACAACGCAGGUGCGAUGAUGAGCGUUGACGAGAGCUUGCUAUGCUCUUUCCAGAUCCUGAAACCCGCCGAAAAGAAACAGAACAGGUUCGGGCGCCGAUAAACAGCGACACUCCUCCCGAGUCCAGACGCCGAUCUCUCUUUGCGAGUCCGACCCCAGCAUAUUCGAAAUCGCUUUCGCGCUCAUGGCAACCCGAUUACUCUUCGACAUUUGUACACCAACACCCCUUCCCCAGUCUUUGCUAGCAAAAGCAGCGCACGACCUCUGUAACGAGUACUACGAUCGCGAAUUGCCUCAGCACUAUCAAUGGCGCUUUAGACGGUCUGAUGCGCUUCGCUUUGCCUCUCGUGCUCGCGGGCGAAACAAGAGGUCAAUGAUCAAAGGUCGUUUGUUAUGUUUGGAAAGGACGAAAAGGAGGGCAUGACUUACGGUUGCGAUACGGUCAUGGUUGUCAUAUCGGCUACGAUUUCGCACGGCUUCUUCAUUUUUGGUCUGGGUUGCGCCAGGUGGGAGCAUUUGGGAGUCUCAUGGGUGGGCCUCAUCAGCGGGCUUGUUUCUACA